UUUGUGACUAAUUUAAAGGCAGCCAUUUCAUCUGUGGUUUGUGUAGCAGCAGUAAGUAAAAGUGAAACUAAACUACAGAUUUAGCAGAAGCCAUUACUGAGCUCAGAACAGACGGAGACAGAAUGGCCUCUGGAUCUUCUCUCCUGGAAGAGGAGCUCUCCUGUCCUGUGUGCUCUGAAAUCUUCAGGGAUCCUGUUGUCCUGAGUUGCAGUCACAGCUUCUGUAAGGCCUGUCUGCAGCAGUACUGGGAACACAAGGGAUCUCAGGAGUGCCCAGUUUGCAGGAGAAGAUCUUCUAAGGAUCGUCCACCCAUUAAUAUGUCUCUGAGGAAUAUCUGUGCGGUGUUCUUAAAGGAGAGAAGUCAGAGAGCUAAAGCAGGUUCCGAAGUGCUCUGCAGUCUGCACAGUGAGAAACUCAAACUCUUCUGUUUGGAUGAUGAAAUACCCGUCUGCUUUGUCUGUCAAACUUCAAAAAAGCAUGAAAACCACAAAUUUCGACCAGUUCAGGAGGCUGCAGAAGAGGAUAAGGAGAAACUCAGGACUGCUGCACUGGCUCCACUGCAGAAGAAGCUAAAAGCCUUUAAUGCAGUGAAACUAAUCUGUGAUCAAACAGCAGAGCACAUCAAGAGCCAGGCCCAGCACACAGAGAGACAGAUAAAGAUGGAGUUUGAGAAACUUCAGCAGUUCCUAAAAGAUGAAGAGGCAGCCAGGAUCACUGCACUGAGGGAGGAAGAGGAGCAGAAGAGUCAGAUGAUGAAGAAGAAGAUUGAGAAGAUGACAGAAGAGAUAUCAUCCCUUUCAGAACAGAUCAGAGCCAUAGAACAGGAGCUGGGAGCUGAAGACAUCUCAUUCCUGCAGAACUACAAGGACACACAAAUCAGAGCCCAGUGCACACUGGGGGAUCCAGAGAAGGUCUCCGGAGCGCUGAUUGAUGUGGCCAAGCACCUGGGCAAUCUGAAGUACAGAGUGUGGGAGUGUGAGUGUGUGUCUCUCAGUGGGGCUGUGUGGCAGAAUGCUGGGAGGGAUGGAGCCAUUUUCUUACAGAAUGAAGAUCUGAUGUUGCUGCUGAUAAUCUUCUAUGGUAAUGAAGCCACGCCCACAGCACAAGUGACUCCUGAAUAUUAUUGCAGAGCCCAGUGCACACUGGGGGAUCCAGAGAAGGUCUCCGGAGCGCUGAUUGAUGUGGCCAAGCACCUGGGCAAUCUGAAGUACAGAGUGUGGGAGAAGAUGCUGGGGACUGUUCAAUACACUCCUGUGACUCUGGACCCAAACACAGCACAUGCCGAACUCUCACUGUCUGAGGAUCUGACCAGUGUGAGACGCAGUGGUGAGAGACAGCAGGUUCCUGAUAAUCCAGAGAGAUUUAAUAAGCAGUGUUGGGUGCUGGGCUCUGAGGGAUUCAGCUCAGGGAGACACUGCUGGGAUGUAGAAGUGGGGGGUGGGGACUGGGAGGUAGGUGUGGCUGACGAAAACUUUGGAAGGGAAAGAGGGUUUCUUAGAGCGAAGCUGGUGGCACACAGUAAGAUGCCCAAGUGUAAAAUCAACCCUGACAGGAAGCAAGGAUGGGGCAAUGGCAGCUGA